GGAUGGCUUCAAGCCAAUCAAAAAGAGUCGACUGGAGAACGCAGACAGACUGGACACAGUGGACCUGAUGGUGCAGAUGUACGAUACAGAGACUGCAGAGGUGACGAAGAAGAUUUUAAAGAAGAUCAAAAGGAAUGAAGGACAACCCUUUCCCCAAAUUCUGCUGCAGGAUAAACCAGCUAAUGCCACGGCUGCUUUUGUUCAGUGUCAAUGCAAACUAAAGUCCAAACUAAAAAAGAAGUUCCAGUGUGUGUUUGAGGGGAUCGCUAAAGCAGGAAACCCAACAUUUCUUAAUCAGAUCUACACAGAGCUCUACGUCACAGAACAAAAGACUACAAAGGUUAAUGAUGAACAUGAAGUCAGACAGAUUGAAACAGCAUCCCAUAAAAUACACCAGCCAGAAACAACAAUAAGAUUAGAAGAUAUCUUCAAAGGCUCCACUGGAAGAGAUGAACCGAUCAGAACAGUGCUGACAAAGGGAGUGGCUGGCAUUGGGAAAACUGUUUUAACACAGAAAUUCACUCUAGACUGGGCUGAAGACAAAACCAACCAGAACACUGAAUUCACAUUUCCAAUCACUUUCAAAGAACUCAAUGUGUUGAAGGAAAAAAAGUUCAGCUUGGUAGAACUUGUGCAUCGUUUCUUUACUGAAACCAAAAAAGCAGGAAUCUGCAGCUUUGAAGACUUCCAGGUUGUGUUCAUCUUAGACGGUCUUGACGAGUGUCGACUUCCUUUGGACUUCCACAACACUGAGAUCUUUACUGAUGUUACAGAGUCGACCUCAGUGGAUGUGCUGCUGACAAACCUCAUCAGGGGACAUCUGUUUCCCUCUGCUCGCCUCUGGAUAACCACAAGACCUGCAGCAGCCAAUCAAAUCCCUCCUGAAUGUGUUAGUAUGAUGACAGAGGUCAGAGGAUUUACUGACCAACAGAAAGAGGAGUACUUUAAGAAGAGAUUCAGAGAUGAGGAACAGGCCAGUAGGAUCAUCUCCAGCAUCAAGACAUCACGAAGCCUCCACAUCAUGUGCCACAUCCCAAUCUUCUGCUGGAUCACUGCUACAGUUCUGGAGGAUGUGCUGAAAACCAGAGAUGGAGAAGAGCUGCCCAAGACCCUGACUGAGAUGUACAUCCAUUUUCUGGUGGUUCAGGCCAAAGUGAAAAAGGUCAAGUAUGAUGAAGGGACUGAGACAGAUCCACACUGGAGUUCAGAAAACAAGGAAAUGAUUGAGUCUCUGGGAAAACUGGCUUUUGAUCAGCUGCAGAAAGGAAACCUGAUCUUCUAUGAAUCAGACCUGACAGAGUGUGGCAUCGAUAUCAGAGCAGCCUCAGUGUACUCAGGAGUGUUCACACAGAUCUUUAAAGAAGAGAGAGGACUGUACCAGGACAAGGUGUUCUACUUUAUCCAUCUGAGUGUUCAGGAGUUUCUGGCUGCUCUUUAUGCCCAUCUGACAGUUAUCAACUUUGAAGUGAAUCUGCUGGAAAAAGAAGAAACCUUUUCUACAAACUUCUACCAAUGUGCUGUGGACAAGGCCUUACAGAGUCCAAACGGGCACCUGGACUUAUUUCUCCGCUUUCUGCUGGGUCUUUCACUGGUAACCAAUCAGAUUCUACUCAGAGGCCUUGUGACUUAUUCAGAAAGUAUCUCAAAAGCAAGUAAACAGACAGUCCGGUACAUUGAGAACAAGCUCUGUGAGAAUCUGCCUACAGAGAAAACUAUCAAUCUUUUUCACUGUCUGAAUGAACUGAAUGAUUGUUCUCUAGUAGAGACAAUCCAGUGGAACCUGAAUUUAGGGCGUCUCUACACAGACAAACUGUCUCCUGACGAGUGGUCAGCCGUGGUCUUCAUCUUACUGUCAUCAGAAAAGGAUCUGGAUGUGUUUGAGCUGAAGAAAUAUGAUGUUUCAGAAAGGGCUCUUCUGAGGCUGCUACCAGUCAUCAAAGCCUCCAAGAAAGCUGUACUAAGUGGCUGUAACCUUUCACUGAGAAGCUGUGAAGCUCUGUCCUCAGUUUUAAACUGUGACUCAUCUCAUCUGAGGAAGCUGGAUUUGAGUAACAACAAUGUGCAAGAUUCUGGUGUGAAGAUACUGUCUGCUGGAUUGAAGAGUUCAUACUGCAGACUGGAUUCGCUCAGGCUCUGUGACUGCAAACUCUCACAGAGAAGCUGUGACGUUCUGUCCUCAGUUCUCAUCUCACAGACUUCUAGCCUGAGGGAGCUGGACCUGAACCACAAUGAUCUGCAAGAUUCAGGAGUGAAGAUGCUAUCUGCUGCGCUGAAGAGGACACAGUGCAAACUGGAAACGCUCAGGCUGUCAGGAUGUAUGAUUACAAGCGAAGGCUGUGUUUCACUGGCCUCAGCUCUGAGCUCCAACCCCUCUUAUCUGAAAGAGCUGGAUCUGAGCUACAAUCAUCCAGGAGACUCUGGAGUGAAGCUGCUGUCAGCUAGACUGAAUGAUCCACACUGGAGAAUGGACACGCUCAGCCGUUUGACAAUUUCUGCCAUGAGGAUGUCUACCAUGUUGCGGAUUGGCUGA